GUUUUGCAUUGAUAGUACCUCGAAUUUCCUCACUACUGACUUAAAAUAAAUCACAGUUAGCUGUGCAGUAAAGUGGAACGUUAGUCGUAGUCGUUGUAGUGGUAUGCAUUAAAAUGAAACGUAGAUGUAUCCACGUUUGUAGUUAUGUAUUUUCUACAUGGAGUAACUGUAUAUAUAUAUAUAUAUAUAUAUAGCACACAAGUUAAUUACAAACAAGUUUGCUAAAAUCGUAAACUACGUGUUAGUCCUAAAUACAAGGUAAGCUUGCUGCUAUUGUCAAUGCAAGCCGAUACAAAGUAUAACGUUUCUACACAAAUAAACAUAAAGUAGGCACCAGAUGAAUUUCAGUUUGCUGAGCCGGUCACCUAUGGAGGACCCACCGUCAUCAUGCGAGCCCUGCGUCAAAACGGAACUGCCCAGCCCGGUGUUCACCCUAGACAGCACGACCCAGUUCAGCCCCGGGGGCUCGUCCGACAGCAGCGGCUGCAGUCUACUUUCCGGGGGGCAAUCGCUGGAUCCCGAUUCCCCGAGCUCGGGAAGCAGCGGAUGUAGGGGCUCAAUGGCAGAUUCCUGCAGCAACCAGCGAUACCGAGGCGGGAGGACCCUGCCGCUCUCCGCUGCAGAUACGCUCAUCAAAUGCGAUUACGGCUCUGCCCUCAGCUCCGGACACAAGCGGCUGUGUUUGGUGUGCGGGGACAUUGCGUCUGGGUAUCACUACGGGGUCGCUUCGUGUGAAGCGUGCAAGGCAUUCUUCAAGAGAACCAUCCAGGGUAACAUAGAGUACAGCUGCCCAGUGCUGAACAAAUGUGAGAUAACCAAGAGGAGGAGGAAAUCAUGCCAGGCCUGUCGCUUCAGGAAGUGUCUGCAAGUCGGGAUGAUGAAGGAAGGAGUCCGAAUGGACCGUGUGAGAGGAGGCCGUCAGAAAUACAAAAGGAGGAUCGACUCCGGAUCUGCCCAAUACAUAAAGUCACCUUAUCCAGAGCCUGCCAAGACAACAAGCAACAAAGUAAUUUCUCACCUCCUUCUAAUGGAGCCCACCCCUGUCUUCGCCAUGCCUGACCCAACAGCCCCAGAAAGUGACGUCAAAACCCUGAUGACCCUGUGUGACCUCCUCAACAGAGAGCUGCUUAUCGUGAUUGGCUGGGCAAAGCACAUCCCAGGCUUCCCCAGCCUGCCUCUGGUUGACCAGAUAGCCCUGCUUCAGAGCGGCUGGAUGGAGAUCCUGGUUCUGGCCAUGGUGUCUCGCUCGCUGGCUUUCACGGAGGAGCUGGUGUUCGCUGGGAAUUUCUUGCUGGACCGUGGGCAGUGCCGCUCGGCCGGGCUACUUGACCUCUACAGCGCCUUGCAGCAGCUCAUCGGCAAGUACCAGAAAAUGGGGCUCAGCCCGGAAGAGUUGGUCACCCUCAAAGCCAUGGCGCUGGCCAACUCAGACUCGGCUCACAUUGAGAACGUGGAGGCUGUGCAGCAUCUUCAGGACGGGCUCCAUGAAGCCCUGCAGGAGUACGAGGGGAGCCGGUACCCCCAGGACCCUCACCGCACAGGCAAGCUGCUCAUGACCCUGCCCCUGCUCCGGCAGACCGCCAGCCGAGCCAUUCACUGCUUCUGCCGUCUGCACCUGGAGGGCAGGGUGCCCCUGCACAAACUCUUCCUGGAGAUGCUGGAGGCUAAGAUGUGACAGUCCAGCCACCACCACCACCAGUCCUGGGGGAGUGAAUGACGUGGAAUCCCAACCCAAACCUACUCAGAACUAUUGCUUUGGUUGGCCAGCAUCUGCAGGCACUUUUAUGUACAGCUAUGGCCAAAAGUUUUACAUCACCUAGAAUUUUAGGACUGAGGCAUCAGUUAAAAAAAAAAAAAAGAAAACUAUAUGCACAUAAUUUAGAUAUUUUAUUUAACAUCAUGUAAUCAAAGAAACUACAAAAUGAUGUUGCAAAAAUCUACCAGAAGUCAUAGUAGUAGUACAGUAUUGCAAGUCACGUUUUUCCAUUUUUGUCAGUUUUUUGUUAAGUAUAUGGAAAACUACAAAGUGGUAUGUAAUUUUAAUAUGUUAACAUAACAUUAUUCAGCAGGUUUCAUUUGACUUUAUGAAGCUAAAUUUGUUCAAAAUUCUAUAGGAUGAUGCAAAACUUUUGGCCACAGUUGUGUAUAAUAUAUAUAUAUAUAUAUAUAUAUAUAUAUAUAUAUAUAUAUAUAUAUAUAUAUAUAUAUAUAUAUAUAUAUACACAGCAUGGAGAUCCUAGGAAGGUUAAUGGAAGAUCAGAUGGAAUAAGCCAAUGCAGUUUUGCAGUGUAUCUCUCCCCUACCCCCCCCCCAGCUUCCCCUUCAAAAACCCAGAAGAGACUGCAACUUGCAGAUUUCAUGUUAAUAGCAAUGACUAAAUAAAAAAAAAGGUUUUAGUAAGUUACCAGCAUUUAUGCUACACGAUUGUAUUUUGUUGUACGUACUAAUUAAGCUGGAACGACUUGGCAAUAUUUUAAAAUGCAAUUUGGAACAACUCCAGGACCGUAGCUUCUAUAAAUUAUAAUGUAUUUAUUUUUUUAUUAUUUCAUGGGGGGAAGGGGGGGGUGGGUGUAUAGCAGUUCUGCCAUUGGUGCAGUAUUUGCUUUUCAAGUAAAAAAAAAAAAAUUGUGUGUUUUCUAUUGCAUAUUUUAUUCAGCUUUUAGUAAGGCAAACGUCUUAAAGGAGGAUGUCAUAUUAAUGGAUAAAAAUGUAUUGAGAAAAGCUUGAAUCUAAAAGUAUAACACAGCACAGUAAAGGUGGUUUGGGGAGACAAAAAAUGGCCAUCAACUUAGGAUAUAUGUAACUGCUUUUACUGUUUUCUAAAAUGUAAUACAAGUAUACUCCAGGGUGAAAUUUGUAAAAAUAAAUAAAUAAAUAAAUCUUAUAUAUAGCAGGGCCAAAUUGCAAUGUAUGUCUUGUCUCGAGGAAUAUAAAAUAGUUGUCUGUCAAUUCUGUUUUUGGUGAAUUUAGAUCACAAUACCUUUGGGCUGUCAUGUCUUUUGAGCAAUGUAUUUAUACUGUAUAUAAAUUGAGAACUAUUAAAUAAAUAGGAACAUUAUUAAAUA